UACAGGAUCUAGAAAUACUUUGAUUUUUUAAACUUGGGUUAAUAUUUUAGGUUGCCCUGCUCUUACCAUUCCAAAUGGUUCAAUAACCCCUGCUGGUCCAUAUGCUGCUGGUACUACAGCCAGAGUCGAUUGCAACAGAGGUUUUGUCAGAAACGGUAGUGCAAUCAUGACUUGUCCAGCAAAUGGCCAAUGGACAACUAUAACCAAUUGUCAAGUUCCCUUCGGCUGCCCUGCUCCAAGUAUUACAAAUGGAGCACUUGUACCUGCCUUAGCUUCAUAUGACGCAUUUGCAAGGGUUACAUUUACUUGUAAUAGUGGGUUUACUUUAGUUGGUAACAGUGUUGCUGUCUGUGCAAAUGGGCAAUGGAGCGCACAACCUCCAGAGUGCAGAGGCGUUUUAGAAUGCCCUGCUCUCACCAUUCCAAAUGGUUCAAUAACCCCUGCUGGUCCAUAUGCUGCUGGUACUACAGCCAGAGUCGAUUGCAACAGAGGUUUUGUCAGAAACGGUAGUGCAAUCAUGACUUGUCCAACAGAUGGCAAAUGGAAAACUAUAACCAAUUGUCAAGUUCCCUUCGGCUGUCCUGCUCCAAAUAUUACAAAUGGAGCACUUGUACCUGCCUUAGCUUCAUAUGACGCAUUUGCAAGAGUUACAUUUACUUGUAAUAGUGGGUUUACUUUAGUUGGUAACAGUGUUGCUGUCUGUGCAAAUGGGCAAUGGAGCGCACAACCUCCUGAAUGCAGAAGGGGAUGCCCUGCUCUCACCAUUCCAAACGGUUCAAUAACCCCUGCUGGUCCAUAUGCUGCUGGUACUACAGCCAGAGUCGAUUGCAACAAAGGUUUUUUCAGAAACGGUAGUGCAAUCAUGACUUGUCCAACAGAUGGCAAAUGGAAAACUAUAACCAAUUGUCAAGUUCCCUUCGGCUGCCCUGCUCCAAAUAUUACAAAUGGAGCACUCGUACCUGCCUCAGCUUCAUAUGACGCAUUUGCAAGGGUUACAUUUACUUGUAAUAGUGGGUUUACUUUAGUUGGUAACAGUGUUGCUGUCUGUGCAAAUGGGCAUUGGAGCUCACAACCUCCUGAGUGCAGAAACUUUUGUUCUGCUCCGCCAACAUUUAGUGAUGGUACGAGCUUCCCAAACCUUAGUGUAAACAAAAAAGGAGCAGUGGUGCUUUACUCCUGCAACGCGGGAUUCACUUUAGCUGGUGCUUCAACAACUAGAUGUCUUCCAAAUGGUGUAUGGUCAGCACCACCUCCAACUUGCCGACCAGGAGCAACUACUUGCGCUGAUAACCCAUGCUUAAAUGGUGGUGCAUGCUCUAUGGUAGAUAUGGCAUACACCUGCAGAUGUACUGGCACAUGGGUUGGAACGAACUGUCAAGUCCCACUAAGUGAUGCUGUUCCCGCCUCAGUUAAAUUUGAUGCACCAUUUCUGGCAACAUACCGUAAUUUGAGUUCACCUGCUACCAAAAAAUUGAUCAGGGAGUUUAAGACAGCACUCCGUCUUAUCUUUUCAGCUUCUGGAACUAAUGUGGAUAUCAUAAUCAAGUCCAUUUUGCAAGGAUCGGUUGUGUUUAAUUCUUUGGUUGUCCCUCAACGCCCUGGCGAAGUAAUUUCAAAAAAAGUAAUUUCAGACCAGAUUGAACAGGCAAUAACUUCUGGAAACUUCCCCAUGACCUCACUUGGUUCUCCAGAGCCAGAUGCAAAUGAGUGCAGAAUGAAAACAGAUAAUUGUCGAACAGAAGCAACAUGCAUCAACACAAUUGGAAGUUUUGAAUGCCAAUGUCCAUCGGGUACCUUUGGAGAUGGAGUAACAUCGUGCUCAGCUUCAAACUUCUGCUCUGGGGUUGACUGUGGAAAUGGUGAGUGCCAGGUUACUGCUACUGGCCAUAGAUGCGUGUGUAACACUGGCUACAGACGAGGAACUACUGGCAAGUGUGAUGCUGACGUGUUAGAGUGUCAAAUGUCUCCACCUAAAUGUGGCCGCAAUGGGAUCUGUGUAGAAGCCCUUGGAUCGUUUUCAUGCAAUUGUUCUCGUGGGUGGACAGGCACAACUUGCGAUAUGAACAUCAAUGAAUGCCCAACAAAUCCAUGUGGCUCGAAUGCUACCUGCCAAGAUACGCCAGGAUCUUAUAGAUGCACCUGCAGAUCUGGCUACGUUGGUAACGGCAAAAAGUGCAACAAGAUCAUUCUAUUUCCAAUGACCAAUUAUAGAACCUUGAGAUUGAAUUACCAGUCAAUCACUUUAAGGCUUCCUGUUCCCCUUGCUGGUGGCUACACCCGAUCUUUCACAAUAAACAAAAAUGGGGUGAUAACCUUCCCAAAAUCUUGGUUUGCGGCUUCUUUGGCUUUGAACACUCCAACGGUUAAUUUGGAACGAUUUAGUUUCCUGGCUCCAUUCUGGGAUUAUUUUGAUAGCAGGGAUGUCAGAUACAUGGUGCGUGAAGAUAGGAAUGGACUACCUGACACCAUGCCUGGUCUUUCAACAUUAAAAACAAUGGUCAAACAAAAGCAUAAUUACAAUAUGACUGCAACAACAUUAAUAGUAGUUCAAUGGAAUAAAAUGCUUAUGUUUCCUGCUGCAAGAUACCCACGAUUGACAAGUACAUUCCAGUGCGUGAUAAUUUCUGACAUAAAGAGGUCGUUUGUAUUCUUCAUUUACCAACCUGGUGAAAUGAAAUGGGUGAAGGACCCAACAAUUCGUAUAGUCAACAAUGUUUUGACUGGCUUGGGAAAUCAAAAUGGCUUGGAACAUGUCAGAAGGGGAGUGUACACUCCAGAUAGAAGCAGCAACAUUGGAAUCAAUGGCAUGUACUUGUAUGAGUAUUCCUACGCCAACAGCUCCGAGCACAAAUGUCUAAGAUGGAUGGAACGCCAAACAGUACCAGAUGUAAUUCCACAGACUCGACCAUGUGCACCUAGUAUGAGGUUUCUGCGAUCUGAUAUGAUAGAAAUCACAAGUCGUGAUAGAUCACUGGGAUUGCCAACCACACCUGACGUAACUUGCUUCCAAUCCGCGUUUGCAACUCAAAAUACACCAGUCUGCUGCUAUACCAGAGGUCGAUUCAGCUUCGUUAGUCGUAUUUACCGAAAUAUCCUACGAUCGAGUAUGCCACCUAGGCAGGCUGUUACAACAUACAGAGAGGAAGAAAUCGAUUCCUUUAACAAUUGCUGUGGACGUCAAGUGUCACGUUCUGCUAUAUCUUUCAUGUGUGGAGGUUUCUUUCGCUUUAGACCACGAGCCACAUCUAGGAGUUUUAGAUUUCGUCGAACAGUUUGGGGUUGGGGUGAUCCUCAUUUUACCAACAAGGACCAAGUUGAAUUUACACUCAAUGGACAUGGAGAAUACAUCCUUGUUGAUCAACCAGGACAGUUUAUGAUGCAAGGCAGAGCUGAACCAGCACUUAAUGUUAACGGAACUGAAACCAAAGCCACAUUUUUCACAGCUAUUGCUGCAAGUAACUUGGCUAAUGGAAAUACAGUUACAUUUUCCGCCAAUGCUGCAGGGAAUGAUACGAUUGUCCGCAUCAAUGGAGUUGUCACACAGUUUCCCUCACGUAUUGGAGAUGCAGCAAUUAUUUCUGGUUUAGUGUAUCGCAAAACUAGUAAUAUAAACUACGAAGUUGUCUUUUCACCAAACGUAACUGUUACUGCUUUCACUGCCAAUGGCGUUGUGGGAUUUGCAAACAAAUUUUCACCUGAAUUUGAAAGCUCAAUGAGAGGAUUAUUGGGUCCAAUUGAAUACAGAAAUGGUACAUCUGUCAAUGUAACUUCACUGCGCAUCAAGAACCACAGCCAACUUUUGGAUGGAACCAUUGACCAGAUGAAAAUAUUUCCUAUUGGGCAGUCAUGGCUUGUUCAAUAUGCAGAAACUCUUUUUAUGUACUCUGCAAACAAAUCAUUUGCGUAUUACAAUCGACCAAAUAAAGUUCCAGAAUUUUUACGAAACUUAGUCGACAGUCUUAAUGGUACUACAUUGUCCAACAUAAUUACCAUUUGUGGAAUGAAGAAUCUUGCCUGUGUUUAUGAUUUUGCCCUUACUGGAAAUCAGCAGCUUGCUGUGUCCAGUGGAGACAUAGCACAAGAAGCAGAACGCUUAGAAGCACUUGCAGCGAACACCGCCCCAACGCUUACCUAUGACACUGAGCAAUCUCCGUUUGUGGUAAACGGUACAUUAAGAAUGGAAGUUGGUGCUUCAACUACAAUGCAGUUCAAGGCAAAUGACACAGACAAUAAUAAUUUGUCUUUCUCAGUCAACAGUGAUGAGAUCCCGGGAGUUACUAUCAAUUCUGCUGGGCUUCUAACAUUUGUUGGUUCUGCUGCCAAUUUUGUAAGCAGUCCAAUCGCCCUUCAAGUAACAGUGAAUGAUACCUUCCUGGAAGUCACUGUAGAAGUACCAAUGCUUGUGUGUGACUGCAACAAUCGUGGAACUUGCCUUUGGGAAGAAAGCAUUGUAAAUGGAACUGACAAAUAUGGUGUAAGUGGAAAAUAAAUGGAAAUAUUAGGAAGUUAUGAUACCCCACCUCCUGUAUUUUAUGUUCUUUGUUCAAAUAAAUCU